AUGGUGUCGGAGGCGCGCGGUGACGGGACGGGUGGGACGCCGUUCGACGACGCGAGUGGUGAUGAUGCGGACGACGGGGUGCGAGAGGCGCUGCGCGCGGUGGAUGACGCGUUGAAAUUUGCGAGUGCGGCGUGGUGUGACGUGGAGAGCGUGCGGGUGUUGGUACGUGAGGUGGCGGCGUUGCGCCGGAUGGCGGGCGUCGAGGACGUUCGAUUCGUGGACGAAGAUGGAGACGAGGUGGAUCGGGAACUUCGUCUGGAAACUGCGUGGGCGAGAUGUCGCGUACGCGUUGCCGAGGCGGAGGCACUCGCGCUUCGUCGUGAGGCGGAGGGAGCGAAGGAGAAAUUUCGCGAGACAUUCGGCGACGACGCCUCCGAGUGGUUGCAAGCGCUUCGCGUCAAAGUCGACGUCUGGGAGGACGAAAUGACUUCGCGAAUGCGUGGUCUGUCGACAAUUUAA